AUGGAUGAUGCUGCGGUGCUCCGCAAGAAAGGUUACAUCCUGAGCAGCACCAUCGGGGAAGGCUCUUACGGCAAGGUGAAGGCUGCCUACUGCCAGCGGCUGCAGCGCAACGUGGCCAUCAAGAUCAUCGACAAGAAGCACAUCCCCUGUGACUUCCUGCAGAGGUUCCUGCCCAGGGAGAUCGAGGCUCUGAGGCACCUGAGCCACCCCUCCAUCGUCAAGACCUAUGAGAUCUUUGAGGUGACAUCUGGGAAAGUGUACAUCGUGAUGGAGCUGGGGGAGAAGGGAGACCUCCUGAACUACAUCCGGGCCACAGGAGCUAUGGAGGAGGACAUCGCCUGCGUCAAGUUCCAGCAGCUGGCUUCUGCCAUCAAGUACUGCCACGACCUGGAGCUCGCCCACAGGGACCUGAAAUGUGAGAACAUCCUUCUCAGCGAGGACCUCAGCAUCAAGCUGGCAGACUUUGGCUUUUCUAAACCCUUGUCUCGGGAUGACAACGGAAAACUCAUUCUCAGCAAAACCUUCUGUGGGUCUGCUGCCUAUGCAGCUCCUGAGGUGCUGGAAGGCAUCCCUUACGACCCCAGGGCUUCUGACAUCUGGAGCCUGGGUGUCAUCCUGUACACCAUGGUCUAUGCUUUGAUGCCCUUUGACGAUUCCAACGUCAAAAAAAUGAUCUUCCUUCAGAAACAGCACAGGAUUCCCUUCCCUGAAUCGAAGAGCCAGACUGCAGAGUUUGAGGACCUCAUUUCCCGCCUGCUUGAACCCAAUGUGUCUCAGAGGCUGUGCAUAGAUGAAGUUUUGAAACACUCAUGGCUGCAGACUCCAAAAUCUGCCAUUCCUUCCCCUCUCCCAGCUGCAGAGGACGGUGAGUGCUCCCAAAACCCACAUGAAGGAACGUCUGAGCACCUGCAGCAAAGCAAAUUGCAUUCAGCAGAAGGAGGAGAGGAGAAGGAAGUGGAAGGCUCUUAA